AUGCGAUCAACGUGGUUGAUUUUCCUCUUCAAGGAUAGCGAGGCAAAUCCUUUUUGCGGGCCAGCGGCUUAUUUGCUUGCUGAUCAAACUGAGACGUUGAAGAGUCCAAAUUUCCCUAGUUUGUUUCCAUCUCAAAUUCAGUGCCUUUGGAAUAUUGAAACAGAUGCUGGUAGCCGUAUCAAAAUUGAAUUUGCUGAUUGGGACUUGCCAAUGUCAAGACUCUCAAGUGCAUAUAUGGAUGCGCCACAGAAUACAAUGUGUACAGCUGCAUAUCUCCAAUUUACCUAUUUUGACUUUAAAAAACAUAAAAGCGAGGUGAAAAUAUGCGGCGCGAACCCGGGCUUUAUCAUUUCGAACGGCCCACGUGUACAGAUACAGCUUCAUGGAUCUGAUGAUGGAAGAGGAGGACUUUUUCGACUAAAGCUUUCUCGAGCGCCAAUAAAUGCUCAACAGAGAUUGCUCGCGACGGAUGGAAGAAGCGUAGCGGAGAAAGUCAAGCCUAGACGACCUCAAAAGCCAAUAGUAACUAGCUCAAGUUUUCCAUCCGGAGGGUUUGCAACAGAUACUCAAUCAAAUCAGCCGAUGGAAAAGGAAGGCGAUUCAAGUGAGCCGAAAUCGAAACUUCCGGUCAAAUGGUUCGCCAUUUUGGGAGUCCUUUUUGGAUUCAUUGGAAUAAUUGUGCUAAAAUCAAAAAAGAAGAAAACAACAACUGAGCCAUCAUCAGCGAACGGAGCUUCCGAAGAAUCCGCCGCUUAG